ACAAAACUGGCAAUACAAACCCAAGACACAAAAUAAUACAAAGAAGUAAAUAGGGCACAAAGAACCUCAGGAACAUAGGAGAAGGAUAAAACACAAAGUAACAGGUGGGUGAACAGAUGAGCUUAAAGAAGAAAGAAGGACAUGAGAAUAGCUAACUGGUAAAAAAAAAGUUAGUUGGAGACCUAGGUGGAAACAAUUAAAGAAAACAGGGAAUAAAAACAAAGGCAGGAAGUAAAUAUAACAGUAAGGCACAUGAGAAAACUAAACGUCAAAGUCAAACCUGAAAUAACCAAACUAUAAAACUAACUAACACAAGAAAACAUGCACGGCAGCAGGGAAAGUAAAACCACAGAAACACAAAGGAGUACAACAAAACCGACACAAUGAUGUUAUGUGCAGAUUUUCUAUCUGUCACGCAUAUUGUACAGUGUAUUUCUACAGACUUCACACACUUCCCUGUGUCACUGUACAAGUUACUUAACAAAGCCCGUCUGGUGGAACUGUAUGUUUCUUCAGAGCAAAGGUCUUUUGGUUGAUUCCUCCCACAUGUGAUCAGUUUUCUGUUACUAGACAACACACAAGUUACACAUUAAUGCAGAUAAGUCCAUACUUUAUAAUUCACUGUAAGGCUCCACCCUCUGAGUGUGAUGCGUUUAUGCUCUCAGUGACCUUCAGCCUCUGUUAAAUUGAGUCUGUAGUAAAGUAAACACAAAAACCUAACAAGAAAAAUAAGAAUAUGCAUAUCAGUGCACCAGUGGCUUGUCCUCAUGUGCUGUAGACCUGUGGCUGCGUGUGUCUUUAUAAAACCACCACAUUUGCAGGUCCAGCGUUUUCCUUCCUCUUAUUACAGUCCACUCGGGUGUGUGUAUCCAUCUGUAGCUCUCUUCCAUCAUCUGUGAUUGAUGGAAUGAGCCAAGGAGCAGCGACAAGCAGAGGGAAGUGGAUGUAUUUAUUGAAGCAAAUAAAAGAUGGAUAGAGUGUGGGAGAUAGAGGAAGCAAGAAAGAGAGAGAGAUGAGCUGUCAGGGGUUCUUAAAUGGCACAGCAAUUCCCACCUGCAAACACACGGCUUUUGAAUCCUUGCUUUUCUGCUUCAGAUGAAGUGAAAAGAUUCACUUUUGGAGAUGAUGUCUGCCAUUCUGCUAUUGCUUUCACUUGCUCCACUUUGGGUCUGCUAAUGGAUGUGCAACAACUGCCGUGCAUGCACACACACAAGCGCACAACUUGUUAUGCAGUCACCACAGAGUCGCGUUCCUUUGUUUCUCAAGCUUAGUUGUCAAAUCAAAGCAUUUUUCUGAUAUUUAGGUCAUUCAGUGAGUUGUAAGCCACUACAAACGUGGAAGAUUUACAGGUAUACACACACUUAAAACAGCAAUACACACUUUUCGCUCAACUCAGAGUGCUCUAAAAUUGGAGUGGAGGGAAAAGACUUUUCAAGGCAGCAGUAGUGUCUUGUUAUGGCUCUGGUAUGGAUCUUCUUUAAAAUGAUGUCAACAGGAAGUCAAAAGCAAAGCAAGUGCUGCUCAGAACUUCCAGAACUUGGUGUCUACAACAUUUCCUCUCCCAUAUCUUUCUCAGAGAGGACACAGCAGCACAGAGAUCUGGAUUAUAUGUUACACCUUUUGGAAAAACAUCAGAUAACAUGAGGCCCACAAAUGGCUUUACGAAUAAGGAAAGGCAAACAUUCACACACAUGCUGCAAUAAAAAGUGGAUGAGUAGCUUAAAUGAACAAACAAUAGGUGAUGAGAUGUCAGAGUGGGGCUGGCUGAGGAGAGGAGAAAGAGAGGACAAUGGAGCAAGAGACGGACCAGUCUUCUUCCUGUGAUGUUGUUGGAGUUUGUUCGUCUCUGGCACUGUGCUCGAAAGCUGUGUGAAUACGUUACCCGCCGGUUUAUAAGUUACCCCCUUAAACCUCACUGGAAAGGGAAGGGGGAGAGCAAGGGAGGUGAAGGAGAGUGGAGAUGAACCAAAGGGAGCGGAAGGAAAAAAGCAACAGAGGAACAAACACAGCUGCAGGGAUGUGGAUAGAAACCAAAACCGAGGUGGAGAAGGCCAGCAGGACCCGGGCCAGCUUCAGUCGGCGUGUGUUGAAUGGCCUGCUAUUGUGCAGUGGAGACAUGGAGCACUUGGAUAAGUACAUGAAGGACAAGUCAUUUGUGCUACAGCUGGUAGUCUGUGGCCUGAGAGCGGUGACCAGGGUAAUUCUGGCCAACAACCCGCUGAGUGGUGGUCUCAUCCUGGCUGCCCUGUACUGGGCUUCCCCCUGGCAGGGCCUGCUGGGAACUCUGGGAGUAUUGGCCUCCACGCUAACAGCUGUCAUCACAGGACAAGACAGUGCUGAGGUGGCGGGAGGUCUUCAUGGUUUUAACGGCAUGUUGGUGUCUCUGCUGAUGGGAGAGUUUAGCUCAGCUGGAGACUGGUACUGGUGGCUCCUGCUGCCUGUCUUCCUGGGGUCAGCAACAUGUGUCUUUCUUUUUAGUGGACUCUCAUCGUUUUUAGACCGCUGGGACUUGCCUGCUGCCGUGUUUCCCUUCAACAUUAUUAUCAUCCUCUACCUCCUGUGUACUGGCCCAGAACACCCCUAUUUUCCACACCACUCAGUAAAACCACCAGGGGCCCUGGAGCCCAACGCUACAGAGCUCAUAGCAUUACAGGUAAUACGUGGCAUCCCUCUUGGAGUGGGUCAGAUCUUUGCCUGUGGGGACCUGGGACCGUCCCUUCUCAUCUUGGGAGCUGUUUUCCUCUACUCCCCCUUGCUCGCCGUUCAUGCUCUGCUGGGAUCCGCAGUAGGAACACUGACCGGUUUGUCCAUGGCAGUGCGUCAUGAAUCUCUGUACUCAGGUCUGUCAGGGUUUAAUGGAGCUCUGGGCUGCAUGACUGUUGGAGGACUCUUCUUUACCUUCAGCUUGUGGACGCACCUCUUUGCUAUCGCCAGUGCCUUCUUCUCUGCAUAUGCUGACAUUGCUUUGAGCAAUUUGAUGGGAACUGUUGGUCUCCCAGCAAGCAGCUGGGCAGCUACUCUGGUGGCCACACUGAUGUUGCUGUUGACCGGCAGUUUAGCAGCGUACCGCAUCCCGAUUGGUCAAGUGAGAGCUCCUGAACGCAACCUGCGCUCGCGCAGCCAAUGGGAAGCUGGAAACACCGAAGAAAGGGAGAGCACAGAUGUGUAGCGUGAGGAUAGACAUGCACCUGUGUACGCAGUACUGCAUCUGAACUGUCAUGCUGUUAGUUGGAUGGACUAGACCAUAACAUUUUUAGGUAAACAUUCUCAUGUCAGCAUAGGCUUGUUAAAGACCGUGAACACUUUACUGAACACUUUAAGGAGGACUUCAUUCUAUAUUUUGCCGACAGUGUUGCAAUUAAGGCACAGCAGUGAAAUGUUCAGUAGUCUUUACAUAAAUUUAUGUAUUCAAACCUGACCAUUUCUAUUAAAUACGUCAAAUAUUCCA